AUGCCAAUGGCCUUUGAAAUGGCCGAGAAAGAGUAUUCCAAAUUUCACAAUUCGUGGAGCCAUUCCACUAACAAUUGUGUAGAUUUUUGCAAUAUUGUGCACAAAGCAAUUGAAGAUGGCAGGCUGAAGUUUCCAGAAAAAUCAGAGGUGAUGGGUGUUGAUGGAAAUCCUUUCCCUAAGGUCGUUGCAACAAACGUUACUUCUCUGGUCCUGGAGCAUCCCAAAAAGAAGGUGGACUUGGCAGAUCCAGCAGCCAGUAGAAAGCUAAAAAUUCCUAAGGCGUCAGCAUCUAUGGAGAAAACAGUGGCUGAGUUAGAAAGGCACUCUGAGAGGCUCAGAUUGCCUUAA